CUCCUUUUCUUUUCUCUCACUUUCUUCCUCAGUCGGCCAGCGCAGCCGGCGGGGUGGGGAGGAGGCUGGUGGGGGAGGCGGGAGUCCGGCGACAACGACGCGGCGACGAGGCGGCAGGCGACGAGGCGACGACGCUGGAGAAGGGAAACGCCUGCAUCCCGCCGCCUCGCUUUCGCCUCCCAGACCAACGGGAGAUGGGGUUGGCGAUGUUUGGGCACACGCCGUUGUUUCCAUUACACCACGCCGCCGCCGCCGCCGACGACGACGACGACAACGACACCUCCCCACUGGCGAUCGAGACCAGUAGAGGCACAUGCGAAGUGGGUUCCCAUGGCGCCAUGAUGGCAGGAAGCAGUGAGAGCGAGUACUACUCGGAGGAGGAGGUGGGAUGGGAGGAGGAAGGUCUCGGAAGCAAAGGCGUGGAGGAGAAGAGGGAGUGGGCACUGAAGCGGCUCGACGACCUCGGCAAGCGCGGGGUGUGCUACCUCAGCCGCGUCCCUCCCAACAUGAACCCGUCGCACGUCCGUCUCCGUCGGUUGCUCUCCAAGCACGGCGAGGUGUAGAUGAUUUACCUUGUCUAGUUCAUGCCACUAGAGUUGAAGCCGUGUUCGAUUCAAUUUGGGAUAUGUAUGGUGGUUAAUUUCAAAUCUCGGUGCUUAUUCGAGAAACCUGGAAGCUGCAAUUACUAUCUAGUACUACCUCCAUAUUUUAAUGUA